AUGACAAUACUGAAGACCUUUUUACUAGAAGUAAAGCAAUAAAAGCAAAGAGAUGAAUAUCUGAAUAUUAAAUAGGAUGUUUUGUAAGAUUGUGAUCUAAUCGAUAAAUUGAGGAGAGACUCAGCAAAGUUUAUUGAGAUUUUGGAGUAUGAGAUAAGAAAAACUAUAUCUUUCUCCAAGUUCAGAUACAUAGAUGUAAUUAAGAAAUAUGAUAAAUUAAAAGAAUAAAUAAUAGGCAUGUAAUAAGAAUGGAUUUCGCUUCCAAAAUUGUUUAAUUAACCUACAUUAGCGAUAACAUGGAACUUAAAAUCGAUGACUGAAGCAGAAAAACAUUAAUUAAAGUUAAUUAAAUAAAAUAAGCCCAAGCUUAAAUAAUAUAGAAGAAAAUGUGAGGAAUUGCAAGACAGCAUGUUUAGGUUCUAUGUAGAAGUACAACAAUUAUAAUCAUUCUUAAGUAUUAAUUAUGAAGCAACUAGAAAAAUAAUAAAAAAGUUUAAAAAACAGGAGAUAAGAGGUAUAAUGGAUGUAAAUGAGAAUAUUUUUGAAAAAGUUAUUGAAUUUUAGAAUGAGAUUCGUGAAUUGCCUAAAAGGUUAAAAAUGAUAAAGGACGAAACAGAAUCAGUAAUUAUUUAAAAUUUCUAUAAACAUGAUAAUCCAAAAAAGUGUAGAGAGUUUUUGAGAAGAUAUACAGAAAAGAACCAAUUAUCAAAUGAGAGUAUAUUUUAUUUUGGAUUUUUUGCUGGAUUUGCUACUCUAAUGAUUAUAGUCCUUUUGUUAAUGAGAUAUGAUGGAUAUUUGGAUCCAAACUCAGAUAAAGUUUUUAAUAAAGUUUUUCCUUGUUUCAGAGGAGUUGCAUUAUUCAUAUUUUAUUUUUGGAUGAUAUCUCUUGAUGUAGCAGGAUGGAACUACUUUAAUGUUAAUUAUAAGCUCUAUUUGGGAUUCAAUCAUCAUUAUUCAACAUUGUCUGAGAUAUUAAAAAGAGUGACUAUUUUUAAGGAAGAUAUCGGGAAAUUAGCUUAGGAACUAUAGGUGUUUGAUGUGAGACUCUACCCUCUCCUAAUAUGGGUGUGUUUGUUGAUAUAUGUGUUAUAUCCAUUCAAGAAGAUCUUUAAUCCAGAAGGAAAGAAAUAUAUGUACUAAAUGUUAUAUGGAAUGUUUUGGGGAUUCUUAUUUAAUUAUGAAUCGAGAUAUACAUUCAUGGCAGAUUAAUUCGCAUCCUUCACUACUCCCAUAAGAGAUCUAGACUAUACAAUCUGUUAUUACUAUUACAUUAUAUUCAAAGGUUAUGAACAUGAAGGAUAAUGUGAGCCAAGGACAAGAUUUACCAGUGCCCUUCCAGCUACAGUACCUUAUCUGAUUAAAUGUGCUCACUAUCUCGUUAGGGCAAGAGUUAAAGGCAGAUUAUUUGGAACAGAUGAAUGGUAUAACUUUUUAAAGACCGCCAAUGCUGCAUAAGUUGGGGUCUGGUCAUUUUUGGCUAGAAGAAAUCCUGAUGUCACUGAAUUCAGAGUCAUUUGGAUAUUUGUAGCUAUAAUUAGUACAUUUUGGCAAUAUUAUUGGGAUUUAGCUAAGGAUUUUUUAUUUUUCGAAAAAGAUUCAAAAUAUAAGUUUCUUAGAAAUGAUUUAGGGUACAAUAGUCCAACAAUCUAUUACAUUUUUGCUGGGGUAAAUCUUGUAUUGAGAUGCACUUGGGUGUUAUCACUGUCUCCAGAUAUUUGUAAACUAUUUGGGAUCAAGAAUGAAUUGUUUGUGUUAUUGGUUGGAUUCUUAGAAAUGAGCAGAAGAUUUCUUAAUAAUUUUUUAAAAGUGGAAAAAGAACACAUAGUCAAUCUACGUUCAUUAAAGGUUGUUUAGGAUCUAAAGUAUCCAUUUUAAGUUCAAAAGGAGUUAGUUGAAUUUAAUAAUCGUGACCAUUGGUCUGUUUCCUCAUUUCUUCAGCCUAAUUCAGGAUUUCAAUCUUUAAAGGAUGAAGUAGAGUUUGAAAAUAGACCUAGUGUUGUACAAUUAUUCAAAGGGCUUACUGAAUAGAUAGGUUAAGCAAGACAACCAGCUCAGUCGAUCAAUGAAUAAAGAAUCUCAUAAUAUACAAUAAAUAUCAAUAGAGCCCCGAAUGUCAAGCUUCCUCUUAAAAAAUCAGAAAGCAAAUAAGAGAUGUAUUUUGAGUAUCAAUAGAGAGAAUCCAAAUAUUCUAAUGGAACACAAUUCUUAAAGGUCCCUCUGAUGAAGAAUGUUAGUUAGCUUAAUUAUCAAUCUGUUUAAUCAUCUUAUGAAGAUAAUUUAUCAGAUGUUGAAAAUAAAAAUAAUGCUGAUUAAGAGAGAGACACCUUGCAUGAUAUUAGAUUGGCGACUGAAGAGAAUUCCAUUAUAGAAAAAGGAAAGAAGAAGGAGAGUUUGGAGCGACAAUGGAUUAAAGAAUUAAAGCAGGAAAAUAAAAAAUAUAAAAAAUAAAUCUAUAAAAGAUAUGAAGUAUAUAGAGUGUAAAAAACAACUGAAUGA